AUGGCUCAAACAAGGGAGAAUAUUGAAAGGGAAAAACGAGAGCUGGAGAACAAGUUGGAAAUGACAAAGAGAGAAAUUAGAGAGAUGGAAGUGUUGAGAGCUGAGAUUGAAAUACAGAAAAGAGAUUUUGCAAAAAUGAUUCGAAAGAGCAGGAGAAAACAAACUGACAUCAAACUGGAGGAUGAGACUGAACAUGCUGAACGCAUGGAGAAAAGGAAAGGGACUGGGGGUCAGAGGUCAGAACAUUUUCAACAGUCAGGCAGAACCAAAUCUCAACUAACAGAAAAUCAGUCUGACAAAGACGGCACAGAGACGUGCAAGAAUCAAGUGGACACUGACAGGCAGGGAAUGAUUCUUGAGGCAGACUUUAAAGAGGAAAAGAGCCAAAUGAAAUGGAUCAAUUUUCAAGCAAAGAAGAAACGACGGGAGCUUGAACAAUUGCUGGAGAAGACCCUGAGAGAAAGAGACGAAUUAGAAAUCAUAAAGACCAAGAUACAACGACAAAAAGAGGGAGUUCAACUAAAGCUGGAAGACACAAUAACUACUGUUCUAACUAUGGAGAAGAUUAAAGCUCACAUAGAAAAAGCUGUUACAGAGAUGAGCAACACGUGGAAGGAGCUACAGAAAGCCCUCAUUGAGACAAAGAAGAACAAGGAAGAAGUCAAAACAAUAAUGGUUAAGCUGACUUCACUGAAAGUUCAAGUUAGCCAGAUGAAAUCUUCGGUCAAAACAUCCCCAACAGUGAAUCUAUUUGAACUCCAAGAACCAAAGACACAACCACAUAGCGCCCCUCUCAGAAGUAAUAUUCUAAAAACAUCAGAGGAAGAAGAUGUUUCUGAAGAGGAGGCCAUCUUUACCCAACAAUCUACAUCAGUUGACCUUCAUGAUCGUGAAAAGAAAGAUCUCAACAAGACCAGAGAAGAAUUUCAAGCUGUGGCGACCAACAUCAGGGAAGAGAGCGAACAUCUCAGACAGAUGAAAAUCAGUAUGGCAACAGUGUUAGAAACGCUGUCAAAUGCAAAGGAAGGAGUGGAUGGACAAAGGUCUGAGCUGAAAAGGGAAGAGGAUGAACUGUUGGAUCAAGUGAAGUCAGCAGAACUGCUGAGAGUCAAACUGCAGAAGCUAAAUAACAAGAUGUCUGUGGACAUGAAAACACACAUGGACAGCUUGCAAGUGAAAAAUCAAGAUCUCCAAAGGCUUCACAGUGACCUGGAGCAGAAGCUUUCAGACCUAACAGCACAGCAAGGAACCAUGACAGCUUCCAUGGAGCUGUUAGAGAGAGAAAAGCAAGUUCUGACAGGUCUUGUCUCAGACAUGGCCAUCCAAAGAGAAGACAGUGAAAAGCAUUGGCAGCAAAAGGUUGAAGCUGAAAAACACAACCUUGACCAACUAAAGGCAGAGCUGAAGAAAGACAGGGAGGAUGUGGAUCAUGACAGACAGAUGCUGAAUAAAGAGAGACAGGACUUGGAGCUGUUGAGAUGUGACAUCCAGCAGCAAAAGGACAUUGUGGAAGAAGAGAAACAGAAGAUUGAGAUAGAAAGACAGCAACUUGAAAAGAUGAUGAAGUCAAUCAUCUCAAAACAAAGUGAACAAGAGCAGAAGGAAGCUGAGAUUCAAGCUCUGCAAGAGAAACUGGAAAUGCAUUGGAACAGUGCAAUGUCAGAAAGGGAAGAACUGGAAGAUUUGAGGACAGAUCUCAACAAGACCAGAGAAGAAUUUCAAGCUGUGGCAACCAACAUCAAGGACGAGAGAGAACGUCUCAGUCAGAUGAAGUUCAGCAUGUCAAAACUGCAAGGAAUGCUUGCCAAUGCAAAAGAGGAAAUGGAUGUACAAAGGUCUGAGCUGAAAAGGAAAGAGGAUGAACUGUUGGAUCAAACAGAAUCAGCAAAACUGCUGAGAGCCAAACUGCAGAAGCUGAAUGACAAGAUGUCUGUGGACAUGAAAACACACAUGGACAGCUUGCAAGUGAAAAAUCAAGAUCUCCAAAGGCUUCACAGUGACCUGGAGCAGAAGCUCUCAGACCUAACAGCACAGCAAGGAACCAUGGCAGCUUCCAUGGAGCUGUUAGAGAGAGAAAAGCAAGUUCUGACAGGUCUUGUCUCAGACAUGGCCAUCCAAAGAGAAGACAGUGAAAAGCAUUGGCAGCAAAAGGACAUUGUGGAAGAAGAGAAACAGAAGAUUGAGGAAGAAAAAGACUCCAUCCACAUGUCAAAGGCUGAGAUACAGAAGAUGAAAGAAGACACAGACUGUCUGGUUGAUGAGAUAAACAGACAGAAAACACACAUGAGAGACAUGAGCCUUCAGCUUCAGACGGAAAGACAGCAACUGGAUGAGAUGAUGAAGUCAAUCAUCUCAAAACAAAGUGAACAAGAGCAGAAGGAAGCUGAGAUUCAAGCUCUGCAAGAGAAACUGGAAAUGCAUUGGAACAGUGCAAUGUCAGAAAGGGAAGAACUGGAAGAUUUGAGGACAGAUCUCAACAAGACCAGAGAAGAAUUUCAAGCUGUGGCAACCAACAUCAAGGACGAGAGAGAACGUCUCAGUCAGAUGAAGUUCAGCAUGUCAAAACUGCAAGGAAUGCUUGCCAAUGCAAAAGAGGAAAUGGAUGUACAAAAGUCUGAGCUGAAAAAGAAAGAGGAUGAACUGUUGGAUCAAACGAAGUCAGCAAAACUGCUGAGAGCCAAACUGCAGAAGCUGAAUAACAAGAUGUCUGUGGACAUGAAAACACACAUGGACAGCUUGCAAGUGAAAAAUCAAGAUCUCCAAAGGCUUCACAGUGACCUGGAGCAGAAGCUCUCAGACCUAACAGCAAAGCAAGAAACCAUGGCAGCUUCCAUGGAGCUGUUAGAGAGAGAAAAGCAAGUUCUGACAGGUCUUGUCUCAGACAUGGCCAUCCAAAGAGAAGACAGUGAAAAGCAUUGGCAGCAAAAGGUUGAAGCUGAAAAACACAACCUUGACCAACUAAAGGCAGAGCUGAAGAAAGACAGGGAGGAUCUGGAUCAUGACAGACAGAUGCUGAACAAAGAGAGACAGGACUUGGAGCUGUUGAGAUGUGACAUCCAGCAGCAAAAGGACAUUGUGGAAGAAGAGAAACAGAAGAUUGAGGAAGAAAAAGACUCCAUCCACAUGUCAAAGGCUGAGAUACAGAAGAUGAAAGAAGACACAGACUGUCUGGUUGAUGAGAUAAACAGACAGAAAACACACAUGAGAGACAUGAGCCUUCAGCUUCAGACGGAAAGACAGCAACUGGAUGAGAUGAUGAAGUCAAUCAUCUCAAAACAAAGUGAACAAGAGCAGAAGGAAGCUGAGAUUCAAGCUCUGCAAGAGAAACUGGAAAUGCAUUGGAACAGUGCAAUGUCAGAAAGGGAAGAACUGGAAGAUUUGAGGACAGAUCUCAACAAGACCAGAGAAGAAUUUCAAGCUGUGGCAACCAACAUCAGGGACGAGAGAGAACGUCUCAGUCAGAUGAAGUUCAGCAUGUCAAAACUGCAAGGAAUGCUUGCCAAUGCAAAAGAGGAAAUGGAUGUACAAAGGUCUGAGCUGAAAAAGAAAGAGGAUGAACUGUUGGAUCAAACAGAAUCAGCAAAACUGCUGAGAGUCAAACUGCAGAAGCUAAAUAACAAGAUGUCUGUGGACAUGAAAACACACAUGGACAGUUUGCAAGUGAAAAAUCAAGAUCUCCAAAGGCUUCACAGUGACCUGGAGCAGAAGCUCUCAGACCUAACGGCACAGCAAGGAACCAUGGCAGCUUCCAUGGAGCUGUUAGAGAGAGAAAAGCAAGUUCUGACAGGUCUUGUCUCAGACAUGGCCAUCCAAAGAGAAGACAGUGAAAAGCAUUGGCAGCAAAAGGUUGAAGCUGAAAAACACAACCUUGACCAACUAAAGGCAGAGCUGAAGAAAGACAGGGAGGAUGUGGAUCAUGACAGACAGAUGCUGAACAAAGAGAGACAGGACUUGGAGCUGUUGAGAUGUGACAUCCAGCAGCAAAAGGACAUUGUGGAAGAAGAGAAACAGAAGAUUGAGGAAGAAAGACACCAACUUGAAGAGAUGAUGAAGUCAGUCAACUUGAAACAAAGUGAACAAGAGCAGAGGGAAACUGAGAUUCAAGCUCUGCAAGAGAAACUGGAAAUGCAUUGGAACAGUGCAAUGUCAGAAAGGGAAGAACUGGAAGAUUUGAGGACGGAUCUCAACAAGACCAGAGAAGAAUUUCAAGCUGUGGCAACCAACAUCAGGGACGAGAGAGAACGUCUCAGUCAGAUGAAGUUCAGCAUGUCAAAACUGCAAGGAAUGCUUGCCAAUGCAAAAGACGAAAUGGAUGUACAAAGGUCUGAGCUGAAAAAGAAAGAGGAUGAAUUGUUGGAUCAAACGAAGUCAGCAAAACUGCUGAGAGCCAAACUGCAGAAGCUGAAUGACAAGAUGUCCGUGGACAUGAAAACACACAUGGACAGCUUGCAAGUGAAAAAUCAAGAUCUCCAAAGGCUUCACAGUGACCUGGAGCAGAAGCUCUCAGACCUAACAGCAAAGCAAGAAAUCAUGGCAGCUUCCAUGGAGCUGUUAGAGAGAGAAAAGCAAGUUCUGACAGGUCUUGUCUCAGACAUGGCCAUCCAAAGAGAAGACAGUGAAAAGCACUGGCAGCAAAAGGUUGAAGCUGAAAAACACAACCUUGACCAACUAAAGGCAGAGCUGAAGAAAGACAGGGAGGAUCUGGAUCAUGACAGACAGAUGCUGAACAAAGAGAGACAGGACUUGGAGCUGUUGAGAUGUGACAUCCAGCAGCAAAAGGACAUUGUGGAAGAAGAGAAACAGAAGAUUGAGAUAGAAAGACACCAACUUGAAGAGAUGAUGAAGUCAGUCAACUUGAAACAAAGUGAACAAGAGCAGAAGGAAGCUGAGAUUCAAGCUCUGCAAGAGAAACUGGAAAUGCAUUGGAACAGUGCAAUGUCAGAAAGGGAAGAACUGGAAGAUUUGAGGACAGAUCUCAACAAGACCAGAGAAGAAUUUCAAGCUGUGGCAACCAACAUCAGGGACGAGAGAGAACGUCUCAGUCAGAUGAAGUUCAGUAUGUCAAAACUGCAAGGAAUGCUUGCCAAUGCAAAAGAGGAAAUGGAUGUACAAAGGUCUGAGCUGAAAAGGAAAGAGGAUGAACUGUUGGAUCAAACAGAAUCAGCAAAACUGCUGAGAGUCAAACUUCAGAAGCUGAAUGACAAGAUGUCUGUGGACUUGAAGAACCACAUGGACAGUUUGCAAGUGAAAAAUCAAGAUCUCCAAAGGCUUCACAGUGACCUGGAGCAGAAGCUCUCAGACCUAACGGCACAGCAAGAAAUCAUGGCAGCUUCCAUGGAGCUGUUAGAGAGAGAAAAGCAAGUUCUGACAGGUCUUGUCUCAGACAUGGCCAUCCAAAGAGAAGACAGUGAAAAGCAUUGGCAGCAAAAGGUUGAAGCUGAAAAACACAACCUUGACCAACUAAAGGCAGAGCUGAAGAAAGACAGGGAGGAUCUGGAUCAUGACAGACAGAUGCUGAACAAAGAGAGACAGGACUUGGAGCUGUUGAGAUGUGACAUCCAGCAGCAAAAGGACAUUGUGGAAGAAGAGAAACAGAAGAUUGAGGAAGAAAAAGACUCCAUCCACAUGUCAAAGGCUGAGAUACAGAAGAUGAAAGAAGACACAGACUGUCUGGUUGAUGAGAUAAACAGACAGAAAACACACAUGAGAGACAUGAGCCUUCAGCUUCAGACAGAAAGACACCAACUUGAAGAGAUGAUGAAGUCAAUCAUCUCAAAACAAAGUGAACAAGAGCAGAAGGAAGCUGAGAUUCAAGCUCUGCAAGAGAAACUGGAAAUGCAUUGGAACAGUGCAAUGUCAGAAAGGGAAGAACUGGAAGAUUUGAGGACAGAUCUCAACAAGACCAGAGAAGAAUUUCAAGCUGUGGCAACCAACAUCAGGGACAAGAGAGAACGUCUCAGUCAUAUGAAGUUCAGUAUGUCAAAACUGCAAGGAAUGCUUGCCAAUGCAAAAGAGGAAAUGGAUGUACAAAGGUCUGAGCUGAAAAGGAAAGAGGAUGAACUGUUGGAUCAAACAGAAUCAGCAAAACUGCUGAGAGCCAAACUGCAGAAGCUGAAUGACAAGAUGUCUGUGGACAUGAAAACACACAUGGACAGUUUGCAAGUGAAAAAUCAAGAUCUCCAAAGGCUUCACAGUGACCUGGAGCAGAAGCUCUCAGACCUAACAGCAAAGCAAGAAAUCAUGGCAGCUUCCAUGGAGCUGUUAGAGAGAGAAAAGCAAGUUCUGACAGGUCUUGUCUCAGACAUGGCCAUC